AUGGUGCUGGCAAAAUCCAAAAACAGCGUGGGGCUGGGCAACAGCCUCAUGAACGAUCGCUUCGGCAAGGGCAAAGCAUCCAACCAGAAGAAGGCCUCGCACAACAACGCCAUUGCCCGCAAGGGCAUCAACGGCGAGACCUAUGUCACAAAUGAAGCCAAGGAGGCCUCAUGGGUAAAGAUGCGCAGUAUCACAGAGCAGGCCGCCCUCGAUGAAUUCCUGAGCACUGCCGAGCUGGCCGGUACCGACUUCACGGCCGAAAAAAUUAACAACGUCAAGAUUAUCCACACCGACCAGAAGAACCCCUACCUCCUCUCCGCGUCCGAGGAGAAGUCGGCUGUCAAGAAACACCAGAGGAACAAGGGUCGUCUGACUGUUCCCAGGCGGCCGAAGUGGGAUCAGUCCACGACCCCCCAGCAGCUGGAGACCAUGGAGCGGGAAAGUCUGUUGGACUGGCGGAGAGGGUUGGCGGAGUUGCAGGAGAACCAUGAUCUGCUGAUGACUCCCUUCGAGCGCAACCUGGAGGUCUGGCGGCAGCUGUGGCGUGUGAUCGAGCGGUCGGAUCUGAUUGUGCAGAUUGUCGAUGCGCGCAACCCGCUCCAGUUCCGUUCAGAGGAUCUGGAGAGAUAUGUCAAGGAGAUUGAUCCACGGAAGAAGAAUCUCUUGCUCGUCAACAAGGCAGAUAUGUUGACCGAUAAGCAAAGAGAGGCCUGGGCGGAGUACUUUGAGGCGAACGGCAUCAACUUCCGCUUCUUCUCGGCCCAUCUCGCUAAAGAGCGGAUUGAGGCUGAAUUGCAGAAGGAAUCUGAGGCGAACAGUGAAGAUGAAGAUCUGGCAGAGUCGGCCCAGAAGAUGAACGUUCAAGACGAAGAAGACGAGGACAGCGAAGAAGAAGAGGAAGAAGAAGAAAUCGACCAAGAAGCCAAGGCCAAGCUGGCCGACCCUGACCAGUCCCUGGGCGCGCAUAUUCUGGAUGUGGAUGAGUUGGAAGAACUCUUCCUGGCAAACUCGCCAGACACACUACCGCAGAACAACGAGGAGGGUGAGCAGCCGAAGCAGAAGACGACCAUCGGUCUAGUCGGCUACCCUAACGUGGGUAAGUCAAGCACGAUCAACGCUCUCCUAGGAGCCAAGAAAGUGUCUGUGUCUGCCACACCUGGCAAGACGAAGCAUUUCCAGACUCUCUAUCUCUCGCCCGAAAUUCUCCUGUGCGACUGUCCCGGUCUGGUGUUCCCCAACUUCGCCACGACCAAGGCCGAGCUAGUCGUCAACGGCGUUCUGCCAAUCGACCAACAGCGCGAGUUCACCGGCCCUGCGGGUCUCGUCGCGAAGCGAAUCCCCAAACACUUCCUGGAGAACGUCUACGGCGUGAAAAUCCACACCCGCCCACUGGAGGAGGGCGGCACUGGCCGUCCAACCGCCAGCGAGGUCCUGCGCGCCUACGCCCGCGCCCGUGGCUUCUCCACCCAAGGUAUCGGUCAACCCGAUGAGUCCCGCGCAGCUCGCUACGUGCUCAAGGACUACGUGAACGGCAAGCUCCUCUUCGUGCACCCGCCCCCCUCCCCAGAUGGCGAGGAACCCAUCGACGCGGACGUGUUCAACCAAGACCUCUACGACAUGGCGCACUUGCCCCUAAAACGGCAGGAGAUGCUUCUCGCCAAGGCCGCCGCAGAUGUCGACGACGAAGACCUGGACGCGGACAUUGCGUCUUUCGUGUCAGGACACACCGCCGCCCCCGAGCCGCAGGGCAAGCGCUCCCGCAACAUCGACACGGGCUUCUUUGGGACUGAAACCGGCCCGUCGUCCGGCCGUCUCAUGCUGCCCUUCCAGUCCCAGUACACAGAGCAGGGCCAGCAGAUACGCAAGCAGCUGACCGGCCGCAAGGAGCGGAUGAUGGUUGCGCUGGAGCGGGGCGUCGAUGUCUCCGAGGUGCGCGAGGCGGGUUCCAAGAAGCAUUUCAAGGGGAAUAAGCGCCGUGCUAAGGCCACGCGCAAGAAGGCCGAGGACAAUGAUUAUUAUUAA